UAACGUGUCAUAGAAUAAAUCAAAUCAAUAGCCUGGGGUGGCGCCGUAUAAUUUAUUGUCACUUUAAGAGGUCUUCUUUCCAUAGACAUUUCUUUAAAAAAAAAAGGAUUUUAUAUUUAAAUUUUCAAAAGUUGGAAAGGUGCCGAUUUCGUGGGACGACCCAUCGUGAGAGCCCACGAAGGGCCACCCUGGGCCACCGGGCCGGGUGCUGCUCCCGCAGAAGGGUGUGUCCGUAAUGUGAGCGUCUCCGAGCGAGCAGGAAAAAGGGAGGAGGUCGGCGAAGGCAAACUGCGCGCCUCCCCACCCUCUUUGGCGCAGCCGAGCUUCCCCACCCGCACACAGGACGCCCGCAUGGAGGUCUAGAUUGUGUACUGUUGCGGUUAUAUUUCGUUAGAUUUGCCAGAAAGUUUGCAUGACGCGCGUGGGCUCCCCUGCAGCACCCAAAUCUGGAAACCAGCGGCACUUAACUCGGCCGAACCGAACCACAAGUACCGUGUAGGAGGAUACCGAAGCGGCCCAAACUGACGCUGUCAUCCCUCCUCCUCCCCCCCCGUACUUUCUUUUCGUUUCGUGUCAAACGAUCGCGUUUUGUGCGGAACCCCGCGCCGAACCGCUACAAUGUAUCAGUCGAUACGGAAGUUGGUGCUCACGCGCUGCCACUGCGCGACCGACGCGCCGCAGACGUACGAGGAUCUGUUCGCCAAGCUGGACAGCAACAAAGAUGGAAAAGUGGACGUGUCGGAGCUCCGGGAGGGCCUCGCCGCAAUGGGCAUCCGCUUCAGGAAAGGCGCAGCCCAGAAAAUCAUUUCCUCUGGAGAUCAAGACAAAGACGAAGGCCUGGACUUCGGCGAGUUUUCCAAAUACCUGAAGGAGCACGAGAAGAAGUUACGACUGACCUUCAAGAGCUUGGAUAAGAAUAAUGACGGGCGAAUCGACAGCAUGGAGGUGAAGCAGUCGCUGGCUGAUCUGGGCAUGGACAUUAGUAAGGAGGAGGCUGAGAAGAUCCUUCAGAGCAUUGAUGUGGACGGCACCAUGACCGUGGACUGGAAUGAAUGGAGGGAGCAUUUCCUGUUUAACCCAGCCACCAACCUCCAGGAGAUUAUCCGCUAUUGGAAACACUCCUCGGUGCUUGAUAUCGGCGACAGCCUCACCAUCCCAGAUGAGUUCACGGAGGAGGAGAAGACAACUGGUGUGUGGUGGAAACAGCUGAUGGCAGGCGCCAUGGCCGGGGCUGUGUCCCGGACAGGGACUGCUCCCCUGGACAGAAUGAAGGUCUUCAUGCAGGUGCAUUCCUCCAAGAGUAACAAAAUCAGCCUGGUUGGGGGUUUCAAGCAAAUGUUAAAAGAAGGAGGUUUGACCUCCCUGUGGAGAGGUAACGGCGUCAAUGUCCUGAAGAUUGCCCCUGAGACGGCCAUUAAAUUCAUGGCCUAUGAGCAGUAUAAGAAGCUUUUGUCCAGCGAGGGCGGAAAGGUCAAGACUCAUGAAAGAUUCAUGGCUGGAUCUCUGGCAGGAGCCACGGCACAAACUGCCAUUUACCCCAUGGAGGUGAUGAAAACCAGGCUGACCCUGAGGAAGACGGGACAGUACUCGGGAAUGUUUGACUGUGCCAAGAAAAUCCUGAGGAAGGAGGGUGUGAAGGCUUUCUACAAAGGCUAUAUUCCCAAUAUUCUGGGCAUCAUCCCAUAUGCCGGCAUAGAUCUGGCAGUUUAUGAGAGCUUGAAGAAUGCUUGGUUGUCCCACUAUGCCAAAGACACAGCCAACCCCGGGAUUAUGGUGUUGUUGGGAUGUGGUACCGUCUCCAGUACCUGUGGCCAACUGGCCAGUUACCCUCUGGCUCUGAUCCGCACAAGGAUGCAGGCACAAGCCUCUCUGGAAAAUGCAGAGCAACUGACGAUGAACCGGAUGGUGAAGAAGAUUCUGGAAAAGGAAGGCUUCUUUGGACUCUACCGAGGCAUCCUGCCCAACUUCAUGAAAGUCAUACCGGCAGUCAGCAUUAGCUAUGUAGUGUAUGAGUACAUGAGAUCCGGUCUGGGUAUUCAGAAGUAGCAGUGUACCCUGUGACUGUGUGUAUCUGUAUAAGUGACCGAAGAUUAUUUCAAAACUGUCUCUCACUUUUAACAGUCAGGACACAAUUCUGCUGCUACAGAUGUAGCCAUUAUAGAUAUCCCACAUUUAUCAUGACCGAGUUAGGGCUGAGACGUCACUCCACAGCUGAGGAUUUUUAUUUUAUUUUUGUUCUUUUACAGAAAAUCCUGUAAAACUAGAAUAAGAUAAAAGUAGAAUAUGGGGAUUUCUACAAUAGCUACCUCUAAGGUGUCUAGAAUUUGCAUUGACUUCCAUAACGCACACAGCGUUUACUACGCUGCAUUGGGUGUUUGGGUCAGUUGGAGUUUCUAUGUAAUGGGGUACUCUUCAGAAUUUCAGCCCCUGAAACAUCUGUACAAGAUCAAUUGCUGUUUGUUAAAUUUGAUUGGAUCAGUUUUUAUAAAUAUUAUCUAUCAUAUGUAAUCAAGUGGUUAAAAGAUUACCUUGACCUGUUAAAUACGGGGUCCGGUUAUCUCAUUUCACCAGGGAUGUGACAAAUAUGAAAGAAAAAAAAAAGCAUUCUAGCUGUACAACCAAAAAGUCAUCCUCACUUAGGCAGCUGUCCACAAACUAACAAAAUUUUAUCCACUGUAUAAAUAACAAAAGUUGAAAUAUCCGAGUGUUCUUGCAACCAUCUCUAUGAUUUAUACACCAUCUAAAACCCCAAAACACGGUGCUUCAGUACAGUUGUGGACUAUGUAUAGAGACAUUUCAAACUCAGUUUUAGUCUGUCAUUUCACCGUAUUAUCUGGUGCAUGUUUGGUACAUUUUUAAACUUGGCACUUCAGUUAACCAAGAUGGCGCCCACCAGUGGGGUUAGUAGCAUUACGGUUGCCAAUCUCGCUAGUCGGCGCCACCUCGGUUUCUAUUACAAGAAAAGACCUGUUCUGCAACUCCAUUAUCCACUAUGCUCCAACUGCAUACUGAAGUGGGAAAAACCAGACUAAACCUGAAAAUAUCACAGAAUUCCUGUAUUUCCCGAGUAUACUCCAGCUUCUACCAGAGUUUCUGUACCGUAAAAGAGGUCCCUAGUGAGGAAUUGUUUCCGAUAGAAAUCCGAGGAAACUUUAAGCACAAUAUUGUUUUCACACUGUGUUGUGUUUGAUAGUGACAUGACCUUUUGCAGGGUUGGACUUCACCCCGAGUGCUGCACGUUAUAAGGAAGGUCUCUUUCGAGAUUUGGGAUUUGGACAUGAUGAUUGCACGCUCAGUGAGGGUGGUGAAGACCCAAUGCGUGCCUUAUGGGAUUUUUCUUUUCUCAGAUUAUCUGUGGACUUCUUCACCAUCCCAUUGCUCCUGCCUUUAUUUCUAAAGUUUUGUUAAUUAGAAACCGGUGUUUACAUUAAAAAGUA